AUGAUAGCUUCCGGUGGUGUUUGUGCGGUGCUUGACUAUGAUAUCGACUUGAUGACAGAAUAUGUGGCAGAAAUGACACAGCGUCUCAUUCUGCCAUCGCCUAAAGUCCCAUCCUCCCUCCCUGAAUUCGUUUCAGAUCUACUUUCAUCCACACGCCUUCCAAGCACAACAAUACUUCUAGGAAUGCACUACCUCGCUAGAAGAGUGAACAUGUUCAGCACACCCGGUAGUCAAUUUGUCAGCGAAGACAGCGCUUUACGAAUGCUCACAAUUGGCCUUUUACUGGGAAGCAAGUUUUUAGACGACAAUACAUUCCAGAACCGCUCCUGGUCCGAAGUUAGUGGCUUCCCUGUCGCUGAUCUCAACAAGCUGGAAGCCGAGUGGCUAUUUGCGAUGGAUUAUAAUAUAUAUGUGAACCUCGAUGAGAACAUGGAUUUUAACGCUUGGAUGGCAAAUUGGGAACAUUGGCGUAAAGCCAGGAUUUCAAAGCCCAAGUCACCUCUGGAUCUUUCCACUGGACAACAACCUCUUGGAAAUAACUCGCAACGUGUAAACCCAUAUGUCCAAGCUUAUAAACCACGGGCUCAGACUGUUAACCCUAUGGACAACUCGAUGGCAUUCAAUAUUAACUACAGUAAGGGUGAAUGGGCGCAUUCAUCUCACUCAUACUCAACACCUCCAUAUUUGACCCCGCCAUCGGCUCCUGAUUCUCUACUGAAUACACCAGUAUACAUGAACAUGAGUGCAACUGGAGUAGUGCCUCGAUAUAACGACUGGGCUAACUACGAAUCCGUUACCAACCACACCUACGCGCGAGGAUAUCAGGCUCAAUAUCAUCCAAGUUUUCAUGCAACACAGAUCGCAGCUUAUCACACACCUGUUUAUCAAUGUUCAGACUUUAACUACGCUCGAAGAGUGUGGAAUAAUUCUCCAAACUGCACGCCAUACGGUUGCUACACUUGUGGAGAUCUUCGUAAUCUUCAUGCAAAGAAUCCUCCUUUUUACGCUCCGACUCUUCUAACUCAGACACAUAGCAAUUAA